AUGGAUUCAAAUGGAAUGACAGUGAAAACGGUGGGAGAAGUUGAAAAAGAGAAUGUCGCCGCGAAAGAAGUUCCAUCUGAAAACUCGAUCAAGAAUCAGAAGACUGCUUCAAUGCUCAAGGGAAACAGUCAAAAUCCAGUAGUUGCUCCGAAUUCGGGAAAUAAUGAAAGCAACUCGCAAGGAAGUGCUUGUCAUGCGGAUAACGGAGAAGAACAACAGAAUCCAACGACUUCAAAAGAUACAUCGGAGACUUCGAAAGCUUCGGUGUCAGUGACCACAGAAACUGAUGCAAUCUCUGAGAUUUCUGCUGAAAAGUCCACUGAAUCGGCACCUAGAGAAUCUAGAGAUCUUAUGACUCCAAAAAUUAACGCAUUUUCGCGUCUUAUUAUUAGUUAG